AUGGCUGCUGCUGCUGCAACGCAACCCGCGCGAGCCUCCCCCCAGAAUUCCAACAUGCCCUCGCCCAAGGACAGCAAUGCUAGUCUUCCCGUCGUGACCAAGCCUGAAGGUGUGUACGAUCAUGUCCUCGUCCUUGCCUUUGCUUAUGACCCCCUCUCACCACCUCUUCAUCCUUCGCUCCGAUUGACAUGUCAACUCCUCGAUAUCUCCUUUGCAUUCACAUUGCGCGCGCCUCAUCGUCACUUCCUCUUGUCCUUGUGCUUGUUCUUCUUAUUCCUCCUCUCCCGUCGUCAAUUUCGCAAUGCCUCAGCAUGUAAUCAACUAACCAUGGCUGCGCCGACAGAAACCUCCAAGCAAGAGACGUCCCCCAAGGUUCAGCCUGCCACGGUCGAAGUCACCAGCGCUGCCGACUCGAAGCCUGCCACAAUCAAUGCGCGACCUUUGGCUCCUCCACCAAAGCCUGCGCCUGCCUCCUCGACGACUGGCGAUACCCCAGACUACUUCAACACGGUACACAAUCCCUUCUCGCUCGAGCCCAACGUCUUUGAACAGUCCUUUGGUACAGGCUCGGGUUCAGUGGAAACGCCCGGCGGCCGUACGAUUCUACCUCCUGUUGCGAACAUCACAUCACCCAAUCCACUCCCUGGCAUCACACCUGGCUGGCAAUCUUUGCGCGCAGGACCUCUGAGCCCUGCAAUGCUUAGUGGGCCCGCCGAUUACUUCAGUGAAAUCAGAGGUUUCCCGACGCCAAACGAGUCCUCCCUCCGUACCGGACUGACCCCUGGUGGUGGUGGGUCCAUGUUCCCGGCUCCCAGUCCCAACACGCAAGCCAUCUUCAACCUUCAGAGUGCCGGCGUGACCCCUGGCACAGGCGACUUCCAACAAGCUGCCAUGCGUGCAGCGGCCCAGGCCCAAGCUAGCCACAACAAAGCCCCCACCUCGGCAGCCCCAACCUCGCAACCCGAAGCAGUAACCGUAGGAAUGGAUCGACAAAACAAUUACCAGCAGUCCCAGCCACAACACCAGCGGUCUCAAAAUGACCCAUAUGCCAAUCAUGACGUCAGCAGCGCGGCCAACGACCUUCUGUCCUUUGCCAGCCAAAACGGAGGUGCGCGUAACAAUCAGCCACCCUUCUCCAUGGCGCCCCAGCAGCCCAACAUGAACGCGAGCCACAUGCCCGUCCAGCCAGUCAAUGCGAAUCAACAUCGUCGCGACACCAAGGGUUCCAUCAACAGCAUCCAAUCGCAGGAGACGGGCGACUUCUCGGAAAGCGGUCAAAGUGAGCAGAACAAGGCCACUCGAUCGCGUGGAAAGAAGGCCGCCAACGGUAAACAAAACACUGGCAACAAGCGCAAAGCGGACGAUGCGCCCAAGGGCGGCCGUAAGAAGAGCACCGCUGCCCCUUCGGUUGGCGAUGAGAUGGAGGAGGACUCCGAGGACGAGAAUAACAUGGUCAAGGAAGAAGAAUACGACAGCAAGGGCAAGAAGAUGACGGACGAAGAAAAGCGUAAAAACUUCCUCGAGCGCAACCGGGUCGCUGCGCUCAAGUGUCGACAACGCAAAAAGCAAUGGCUGGCCAAUCUCCAGUCCAAGGUGGAGCUCUUUAGCACAGAGAAUGACGCGUUGUCUGCUACUGUCACACAAUUGCGUGAAGAGAUUGUGAACCUCAAGACGCUACUCCUUGCACACAAGGAAUGCCCAGUCUCUCAGGCCCAAGGCCUUCACGGUGCUGCGAUGAACAACUUUCUUGGUAGCGACAUGAACCAUCAGAAUCCAUAUGGCAUUGCUCAAAUGCCGCCCAACGGUGUUCACAUGAUGCCCAUGCAGCAAGGCCAGAUGAUGAACCGGUAA